UGUAUCAACUUGGUGCUCCCGCAUAUAAAUUUAUCAAGGAUGCAACCGGCAACAAGAGGAGGCAGUUAGUAGUUUGCCGGCCGCGCUAGUGAUCGUUUGGUUUGAACCACUUCUGGACGAGAGCAGGUGGCUGUGCUCACGUGUGCCAAGAUGCGUUGGUUGAUAAUAGUUUUGGCCGCCCUGGCCGCUUUCGACGUAGUACCCAGCAGGGGGGCGCGAAUUCUGGCCGUCUUUCCUUUUUUCUCCAAAAGCCACAUACUCGUCCUGAAGGCGCUGACCAACGAAUUGUCCUCCAGAGGUCACGAGAUGGUCGUGCUCUCCGCUUUCCCGCAGGAUAAAAAACUUCCCAACUACACCGACAUCGACAUCAUGCCCGAUCUACAAGAAAUCAUGCAAAGGGCUACUGGGAAAAAUCUCUUUUUUAUGGGAAAAAUGCCCAUUUACCAGCAGUCCUUCAUGAUGUGGGGAAUGGGCUUGGGCACUACCGAAGCGGUUGCCACCGGGUCGAGCUUCAAGCGGGUGCUUGAGGACAAAAAGGGCUUUGACUUGAUCAUUGCUGAAGUUUUCAUGAACGAGGCCAUCUACGGGCUUUCUCACCAUUUCAAGGCUCCAUUGGUUUUGGUGUGUCCCUUUGGCGGCUUCCACUGGCACAAUUACGCGUCCGGCAACCCGAUUCCCAUGUCGUACUAUCCCAACCCUAUGCUUGAGUACACGGACAGGAUGACCUUCACUCAGCGCCUAUCUAACUUCGUAUUCACAACGGCGUGGGACCUUGGACAUUACUUCUUCUAUCUGCCGCGCCAGGAAGCCAUAAGUAAAAAGGUGUUUGGUCCAGACACCCCGAGCGUUCAAGAGUUGGAGGCGUCGGCCUCUGUGGUCCUUGUGAACCAGCAUUUCACCCUCAACUACCCGCGACCUUUGAUGCCCAACAUAAUCGAGGUCGGAGGGAUGCACGUUUCGAGGGAGGUCAAGCCACUCGCAAAAGAGUUCAAGGACUUCCUGGACGGGGCUAAAGAGGGCGCGAUUUAUUUUUCCAUGGGCAGCAAUUUGAAGAGCGAACUUAUGGGAGAUGAUCGGAUUAAGGCAUUUGUGCAAGCCUUUUCCAAAAUUCCACAGAGAGUUUUGUGGAAGUGGGAGUCGGACAGUGUGCCAGGGCAAUCUAAAAAUGUCAAAGUGGCAGCUUGGAUGCCGCAGCAGGAAAUUCUUGCUCAUCCAAAUGUUCAAGUUUUCAUAACGCACGGAGGUUUGCUGAGCGCCCAAGAAGCUGCUUUCCAUGGAGUUACUCUUGUAGGAAUUCCCGUUUUCGGCGACCAAAUGCUCAAUAUGCGGAAAGCCCAACUGGGGGGUUAUGGAAUUUACAUCGACUUCGACAAUGUUACGGCAGAAUCUGUAGGAUGGGCACUGAACGAGGCUUUGCACAAUCCAAAGGUAAAAGAGGCAUCAAGACUGAGAUCUGCGCAAUAUCGGGACCAGCCAGAGUCGCCCUUGGACAGGGCCAUCUUUUGGACUGAAUACGCCCUGCGGCACAAGGGUGCAAAACACCUCCGACCAGCGGCAGCGGAUCUUUACUGGUUCCAGCUCCAUUUAUUGGACGUUUACCUAACUUUGUUGGCUCCUUUUAUUGUAUUAUUAUGGCUGUGCAAAAAGUUCUGUUGUGGAAGCAAAAAAUCUGCAGUCACUGAUAAGAAGGGAGAGAAAGCAGCUGGCGGCAAAAAGAAAAAGCAGUAAUAUAUAUAUAUUAACUAUUGAAUAAUAAUUUUAGUGCCUUUAUUAAGGUUUGCUGAAUUGUGGUGUUCAUAUAUUAAAAAUUUCUAUGUAAA